AUGUAAGGAAUAGCUUCCUCUUUGAGAGCGUUUUGUUUGUUCACCUUGGGAAGGCUCCUUCCUAGCACAACGACAACUAAACGGCUCCUCUUUCAGGAUACAUUUUCGUCCGCUAAGUGUGUUGCAUAAAUGACCCGCAGACACCUUUGAGGCUGAAGAGGUCGCCGGCGGAGAGACUGACGAGCUAGUGCCGGCUAACGCGGCUAACGAGGAGACCACGUCCACAACACUGGGGGGCAAAACGAACCACAAACUGCGGCUGACAACAGUAACUGUUGACGUUACAGCCACGGGAUAUACCACCACAAGGAUUCUGAUGUGAAUUUACCAGACAGAAAGAUGAACAAAUCCCUCCCACACUCUCUAAUGAAUCUCACCUGGAGUGGGAGGUCUUUGUAAGGAAAAGAGAGAGGAGGAAGAAUCACACGUGGUCUGAAAACAGGGGACAUGAAUCUCCAUCAAGUCCUCACAGGGGCUGUCAACCCUGGGGACAAUUGUUUCUCUGUCGGGAGCUUCAACAAUGUGCCUUUCACGGCUUAUGCGUCAGGUUGUGACGUGGUGAUUUUGGGCAGUAAUUUUGAGCGGCUGCAGAUUAUCCCAGGGGCCAAGCAUGGUAACAUCCAGGUCGGAUGUGUUGACUGCUCACUGCAGGGUGGACAGAUUGCAGCUUCCUAUGGAAGCAUUGUGUGUAUAUUUGAGCCUGUGCAGCAGCCAGAUCAAAAAGACACAUUAUUGUCCAAAUUGAACUGCCAGUGGCAAAAAACUGGUCAGUUUGUGUUGGAGUCUAUGGUACGGAACUUGGCUUGGCACCCAACAGGUAGCACACUCUUGACAGGCUCCAGCAGCCUCCAGUUGUGGUCCCAUGUUGAUGGGGGGAAAGAUGGAGGUGAAGGGAGUGGAAAGCAGACUCGGAUGACCAUACAAGACUCUUGUUCUGCUUGGAGAUGUAUCUGGCAGAUCAAGACUGCCUCUCCAGUUUGUUUUAUUAAGUACUCACCUGAUGGGGAAUUCUUUGCUACUGCUGGACAGGAUGACUGCUUGGUAAAGGUCUGGUACGGCACCAGUAAGUGGCAGUCAAGUGUUGCCAGACUCUUCACACCCCCAGAUUCCAGUGUGAGUGUUCAGGGAGAGCUGGCCUUUUCCUUUGUCUACCUGGCCCAUCCCCGAUCUGUUACUGGUUUCUCUUGGAGGAAGACUAGCAAAUACAUGCCACGGGGUGCAGUCUGUAAUGUUCUGCUCACCAGCUGUAAGGACAGUGUCUGUCGGCUUUGGGCAGAGACGAUAUUGCCUGGUGACAGCCUCAUCUCUGGUCACCAUAACAACCACGCUUCUGACCAAAGCGGUGAAACAGCCAACUGUGCUGGCAGCUCCCGGAAAAACACCUGCAAUGGGAAGGCACAAGGAUUAACAUCACACGAAUUUAAUUUUCAAGAAUCACGGCAUUCCUCCUAUCGGGAUAUUCCCUUGCCCUCCCUUACUGGCUGCCUGCCUCACCAGCAGAAUCGACAUUACUCCCACAAGAGAGCCAGCAAUGGCAUGCCCCACGCUAAUGCCCUCUGCCACUUCCACAUCGCUGCCAGCAUCAACCCUGCCACAGACAUUCCUCUGCUACCAUCCAUCUCCUCUCUAAAUGCUGUGGAUGAUGAGGAACCUGGGGGUCCAUUUACUGUCCACUGGCUCAACAACAAAGAGCUUCAAUUUACAUUAGCAAUGGAAGUCUUUCUGCAGCCGCUCAGGGGCAGUUUAGAACAGCAGACUGAAUGCUCCAGUGAAGAUGCUGACGAUGAAGAAAACCUUGAAGAAGAUAACAGUUGCAGGUCAAGUGAUCCCAAAGGACUUGAAGGUGUGGAGCUUCCUGUAGCGGCGGUGGAGCACCAGGUGGAUGUUCUGUUAGAGGAGUGGAACAAAGGGGCCGACAUGCUGUUCAGUAUACAUCCCAUGGAUGGUUCUUUGUUAGUUUGGAAUGUGGACUGGCUAGACGAAUACCAACCCGGCAUGUUCAGGCAGGCUCAGGUGUCAUUCGUGUCGCGUAUCCCUGUAGCAUUCCCUACGGGUGAUGCCAUCUCGCUGAGUCACAGCGUGGUUAUGUAUGCUUGCAACAAGAAUGUGGAUCUGGCUAUUGAACAUGGCAGACAGCGGCCACCUGGGAGCUCAAUGUCUCAAACAAAAUCUACUCUGAUCAGCUACGGAGGUGCAGUAAAAGCUUCACCCAGCAGUAGUCUCCGACUGAGCAUCUUCACCCCCAAUGUCCUCAUGAUCUCUAAACAUGAUGAUGGCUCUCUAAAUCAGUGGGCAGUCAGUUUUGCUGAAGACUCAGCUUUCUCAACUGUGCUCAGUGUCUCCCACAAAUCCCGCUACUGUGGCCACCGUUUCCACCUCAAUGACUUGGCCUGUCACUCCUUACUCCCGCUUCUCCUAACCACCUCGCAUCACAAUGCCUUGAGGACACCAGAGGCAGAUAACAUCCUGGCUCCUCCAGAGGCCUACUCCACUGGCGUGUCCUAUUCCAGAUCUCCGUUUCAUGUGUCACGGCCCAGCCGGGUCUCUCUGGGCGGUGUUUCUCAGGACCCCAAUGCAAUUUACAGCGAGCUGAUUUUAUGGAGAGUGGAUCCCGUCGGCCCGCUGUCUUUGUCAGGCGGGGUUUCGGAGCUUGCUAGAAUAAAUUCUCUUCAUGCAUCAGCAUUUGCUAAUGUGGCCUGGCUGCCUACGCUCAUUCCCAGCAGCUGUUUAGGUGCAUACUGUAACUCCCCCAGCGCCUGCUUUGUAGCAAGUGAUGGGCAAUCACUCAGGCUGUAUCAGGCUGUUAUCGAGGCAAAGAAACUCCUGAGUGAGCUCUCCAAUCCUGAGAUAUCAAAAUAUGUUGGGGAGGUCUUCACCAUCAUCAGUCAGCAGUCAACAGCAAAACCAGGCUGCAUCAUAGAACUGGAUGCCAUUACUGACUUUCAAGGGAAGGAGACCCAGCUCUUGCACGUCUUUCAGGAGGAUCUGAUCCUUGGCAGUGUGAAGAGAGCGGACGUACAGGGAACUCCUGAUUCUGCUUCCUCCAGCGAAUCAGCAUUUUCUGCACGUUUUUUCCUGGUUGUGGUGGAAUUGACUCCAACAGGCCGUUCGCUACUCCACAUGUGGCAUCUUCAUCUUGCUGCUCUACCUGUCACAAUGGCGUCGCCUAUGAGCAGCUCUCAAUUCAUCAAUGACGGACUAAGUUCUCCAGUAAUCCAGAAGAGUAAACCGUGCACUUCCAAUCUGCAGAGUGCUUGUCGCCUCAGCCUCACAACACGCAGGCUGUGCAGCCAAGAGAUGGCUCUUCCUGCAGGAGUGGAAGCCAUCAGUGUUACUCCCUCAGCAGGUCACCUGAGUGCAUCGUGUUCCCUACCAGCUGGCUGUGUGCCUUACCUCCUCGCUACUUCCUGCUCUGAUGGAAAAGUGCGCUUCUGGAGGUGCAGUGUUGUGAUGCCAGAACCCUCCUGUACAGACACCUUUGUGUACCAGUGGGAUGAAUGGCCUCUCCUGGUUGAUGAAAGACUUCCUAACAGCAGCGCAGUAAGUGUGUCUGGUCGCCCCAUCAAGGUGAGCUGCUGUCACACUGGACGGAUUGCUGUUGCUUACAAGCAGAUGCCAAAUACACCCCUGAACUCAUCGCCUCAUCAGAACUCUAAUGGACUGCCAUCUUUUCCUCCUACUUUGGCAUCUUCCCCAUAUGUAUACAACAGUACACACCUGGCCCCUUCUCUGACUGUACAGCCCAGCCCAAUUCUCCAUGUUGGCCCGAACCUAAUGAAGGCGAAAGAACCACUGGUCUACAUCAGCAUAUUUCAGUGUGACUCCACUGGUGGUUCACAGUGGAUUCUUGAGCAGACAAUAGUGUUGAACAGCACAGACCCCACAGCUAGCACCUCAGCAGCGAACACUGUCACUAUUCCAACUAAUAUAGACUUCUCUGUACCCAAUGAGAAUUGCCCUGCGUCUGCUAAUAAGAGCCUAGUUCACCUGGACUGGGUCUCCCAAGAGGAUGGGUCUCACAUUUUGACUGUUGGUAUUGGGACAAAGAUUUACAUGUACGGCCGUCUGUCUGGGAAGCCUCCAGAGCUGGUUCUGUCUUCUGAUGCCAGUAGAGAUCAAAGUAUGUCUCGCCUGGUUCUGCUUCGAUCAGUCAAUCUGGUCUCCUCUGUUGAAGGCUCAUUACCCAUCCCAGUUUCCCUCUCUUGGGUACGAGAUGGGAUCUUGGUAGUGGGCAUGGACUGUGAGAUGCACGUGUACUCCCAGUGGCAACCCCCGGUCCCUCCCAAGCCUAACAUCGUAGUUGUUCAAGACACAGACAUCAGCAGCAGCUUUUCCUCCAUAACCUCAGCCGUCAGACAGAGCCAAGAGGACGUCCUCUGUUCCGUGGGCCCCACAUCUUUAUUAGCCCCUCCAAAAAAGGCCCUAACGAGGUCAAUGAUGAGCCUGGCUCAGAAACUCAGUGGGAAAAGGACAGCUUACGACCUGCCCGUGGAGAUGGAAGAUUCUGGGCUUUUUGAGGCAGCGCAUCAACUCUUUCCAACUCUACCCCAGUACCAUCCUGUACAGUUACUGGAGCUCAUGGACCUAGGGAAGGUCCACCGUGCAAAAGCCAUCCUCUCCCACCUGGUGAAAUGCAUUGCUGGGGAAAUUGUGACACUUAAAGACAGCAACACCAAUCCAGAGAAACGCCUGCGCUCUCGAACCAUUAGUGUCGGAGGCAGCACAGCCAGGGACCAGAAGAUAUUCAGCCAAGCAGAGAGUUCCAGUCCUGACUACACAGAGAUAAGCUCCGUCCCUCCCCUGCCUUUGUACGCCCUUCUGGCAGCCGAUGAAGACACACCACAACUUGAUAAAGGGGGCAGUGUUAGUGGAGACAGUGGCCAUGGCUCCAGUCAGACUGAUGCUUACGAUGAGCUCUUUCAUACACCCAACAUGGUGGAUUUGGACCCUCUGGACAAUGAUCACGAGGAAACAGGAAAUAAGGUUAUAGACCUGUCACAGUACAGCCCUAAAGACUUUGGUCCAGAACAUGCCCAGGUUCUGUCCAGCCACCUCCUCCACUCCAGUUUACCUGGGUUAACGCGAAUGGAGCAGAUGUCACUCAUGGCGCUAGCAGACACCAUUGCUACUACAAGCACCGAUCUAAAGGACAACCAGGGCAAGAACAAAGGAGGAGAGACACUGGAUGAAUGUGGCCUGAAGUUCCUGCUGGCUGUCAGACUUCACACCUUCCUCUCAACUUCCCUACCUCCAGCGCACCGAGCACAGCUACUACGGCAAGGCCUGUCAACAUGUCAUUAUGCCUGGGCCUUUCACUCUGACGCCGAGGAGGAGCUGCUGAACAUGCUGCCGGCCCUGCAGAAGGGAGAGCCCGGCUGGCCGGAGCUGCGCUCCAUGGGCGUGGGCUGGUGGCUGCGCAGCACCGACAAGCUACGCAGGUGUAUUGAGAAGGUUGCCAAGACCUCUUUUCAGAGAAACAAUGAUCCUCUGGAUGCAGCUAUAUUUUACCUAGCUCUGAAAAAGAAGGCAGUGGUUUGGGGACUGUACAGGUCUCAGAAGAAUGCAAAAAUGACAGAUUUUUUCCGCAACAACUUCAGCGAGGACAGGUGGAGGAAAGCAGCACUGAAAAAUGCCUUCUCCCUGCUGGGAAAGCAGCGCUUCCAGCAUUCUGCAGCCUUUUUUCUUCUAGCCGGCUCCCUCAAGGAUGCUGUGGAGGUGUGUUUAGAGAAAAUGCAGGAUCUGCAGCUGGCCCUUGUCAUCUCUAGAUUGUAUGAGUCAGAAUAUGAAACUGCCUCCACCUACAAGAAGAUCCUCCAGAGGCAUGUUUUGGGACAAGACAAACAGAUUCCAGCCCAACCAGAUCCGUUCCUAAGAAGCAUAGCCCACUGGAUCCUGGAAGACUACAGCAGAGCUUUGGACACUCUAAUCGAGCAGCCUGCUAACUGUAAAAGCUCUGGGUCCCCUGACAGUAAAUGUGACACGGGUUCCUUUGCUGUCUCUCCCUGUAACCCAGAGGUUUUCAACUUCUACAUCUACCUCCGUACACAUCCGCUACUCCUUCGCCGUCAUUUUGGCUCCUCAGAUAAAGCUAAAGUUGGCCUGACUGCUGAAGGUCGCAGGGCUGAUUCCAUCAGCCUGGAUGAGAGAAGACUGUUUUUCACUACUGCAUACGCACAUUUGCAUGCCGGUUGCCCCAUGCUAGCACUCGAAGUUCUCUCCAAGAUGCCCAAAGUCCACAAGCAUUCCAAACUCUCCAACCAGGAGGAUACGGCAGUUGCAGCUGAGCUCAGUGUUGGGAGUAGGAACGGACAAGCAUCGGACCCAAACUGGCCGCAGUCGCCUCUGAACGGCUACGAGUCAGAAGGAAACAGCUUAUCCCACAGUCACUCAGAUUCAGUGUUAAGUUUUGAUUGGAGUCAGCCAUCACUGACCGUUCCAGAUGAGUCCCUGGAGCUGAAAUGGGACAGCGACAAAGAUGAUGAUGAUGAUGAUGAUGAGGAGGAUCAUGAGGAUGAUGAUGAUCAGGAGGCUGAUGAAGAAAGGAAAGAAGGGAAAUGCGGUAGAACUACAGACUGCAGUGUGUUUCAAGAUGCGCAGGAUGCCAUGUCAACAGGGCUGGAACGAGUGAUAAGUGAGGAGACUGAAGACGAUGAUGAUUGCAUUGCUCCAUCUGAUGACAUCUUGGCAGCUCAGCUCAAGUUCACUGCCUGCUUGAAGAUUAUGACCAAUGAGCUGCGCACGCUGUCAACGGGGUACGAGUUGGAUGGAGGGAAGCUCCGGUACCAGCUCUGCCAGUGGUUGGAAAGAGAGGUUGUGGCUCUUCAGCAUUGCUGCAGUUAUAAACCUUGCUUGCCAGAGUCAUCUUCCCAAGGUGAUACUCCAGUUUCUGGACUAGUAGAGGAGGAACAGUCUGGGAGCCCCUAUGGUGAUGGCCACAGGAGCAGGAGACAGUGGCUGCAGAGUAACCAGCCUUUACUCCGAAUGUUUCUGAGCUACUGCAGCUUACAUGGCUCCCACGGUGGAGGACUGGCUUCUGUACGCAUGGAGCUUAUAUUGCUGCUUCAAGAGUCUCACCAGGAUGACUCUUUCAAUUCGGUGGUUGCACUGAGUUCCCAACCCAGCUCCAUCCCUCUUCUCAUGGCUUGUACAGUCAAUGUAAAGACAGUUGUGGCCAAUCCCAUCGUCUAUUUGACCAACCUGACUCAUGAUAUCUUGCAGACCAUCAAUUCACUCGACUCUCCACCACAUCCUGAUGUUGUUGACAAUGAGAUCUACGUGAUGCACACCUUGGCUGCUUCCUUGUCUGCUUGUAUAUAUCAAUGUCUUUGCGACGGACACAGAUACAGUCAUGUAAACCAUUUCACAGGGACUGUGUAUGAAAGUGUCCUGCUGUCUCAGAAGCAGCCACACAAAACUGUGAGCAUGGACGAGUCUGUUCAGCCAAACACUUCUCCUGCUCAGUGGCCAGGUAUCGCCUCUCUCAUUCGUCUGUUGAGCUCAGCAGGUGAAGAGAGCCAGCCAGGCUUAGCUGUGUUGCUGUGUGAGGUCCUGACUGCCGUCUUCCUCAGCCUUUUUGUUCACGGCAUGGCCACUCACUCCAGCAAUGAACUGUUUCGCAUCGUGGCCCACCCGCUCAACAGCAAGCUAUGGGUGACAGUGUUUGGAGGUGGCGCCCGGAUCCCUGUUAUUGAGAAACCCAGCAGUCCAAUAAUAACACCCCCGCCAGCCUCACCAAGUGGCUCUGACAGAAAAUCCAGACGAUUCAGGUUUCUCUCAGGACGCAGUGGAUCGCGGGAAGAAUCUGGGAUGGAGCGGGAGGGGCUAACCAGUCCCAAAUACGCUACUGUUUUUGAGCAGGAAGUUCCUUCCAUCUUCAAAGAACAAUUUGUCCCUCCAGAGCUGAGUAUUUGGGAUUAUUUUAUCGCCAAGCCGGUACUGUCCACAUCAGAAAACAGAAUUGAUUAUGACUCUGAGGAGAGCCAGGCCAGCCAAGAUGAGGAUGAUGAAGAUGAAUAUGAAGACAUGCUUUACCCCAACUCUCCACAGAGAGAGCAUUCAAAUCACAACUCUUACAGUUGGUGUUUGAUGCGGCUGACGAUGGUUCAACUGGUGUUGAUCAACCUCAAGUCCUUUUACCCAGUGGCAGGGUAUGAUCUAUUAGAUUUGCCUGUGGCCUCGCCUCUGUGUCACGCUGUGCUCAAAACUCUGCAGCGCUGGGAACAGGUGCUGCAGAAAAGACUGGAGAUCUUCGGGGGGCCCCCUUCAAACUAUAUCUCCACUCAGCUCCACGAUGAAACCCCCACACCUGGCCCUGCCCUGCUCCGACACAAAGCCCUGUUUGAACCAUCCAACACCCCAUUCAGAACUAGCCACCAUUCAGCGCUGCCAGUGAAACGUUUAUGGCAGUAUUUGGUGAAGCAGGAGGAAGUGCAGGAGACUUUCAUUCGAAACAUCUUCACAAAGACACCGGGCACAAAUCAGGACCAGACCGACAGUCUGAAAUAUUCAGGAUUGGACGAGACAGGAAACAAUCAGACUGAGUCAGAUCUGGGAUCGCCUGGAGGAAAAGCACGCAUCAUCCACAAAGAAUCUGACAUCAUCACAGCUUUUGCCAUCAACAAGGCAAACCGUAAUUGUUUAGUCAUGGCGUCCACCCAUGACAUUCAGGAGCUGGAUGUUUCAUCUAUCUUGGCCACACAGAUCCUGACGUGGAUUGAUGAUGAUGAUGCUGAACCCAAAGGUGUUUGUGGUGAUGACUUCCUGGUCGUCCAUGCACGUGAUGAUUUUGCCACGCUCCACGGCACAACACCUUACACCCACAGCAGCCCUGGGACACCCAUCAACGUGCCCUGGCUGGGGAGCAUGCAGACAGGCAGAGGUGCAGCUGUGAUGAUCAAGAGAAAUAUCAACAAUGUCAGAAGAAUGACCUCCCAUCCCACACUUCCGUACUACCUGACCGGUGCUCAGGACGGCAGCGUGAGGAUGUUUGAGUGGGGUCACUCCCAGCAGAUCAUCUGCUUCAGAAGUCCAGGCAACUCCAGAGUCACCAGGAUAAGAUUCAACCACCAGGGAAACAAGUUUGGUAUUGUAGAUGCUGAUGGGGGUUUGAGUCUCUGGCAGACCAACAUGAGUGGGAACGCACCAAAGCCCUACCUGACGUUGCAGUGCCACAACAAAACGGCUCAUGACUUUGUCUUCGUGGGAUCUUCCUCCCUCAUUGCCACUGCAGGGCUUUCAUCAGACAACAGGAAUGUUUGUCUGUGGGAUACACUAGUGACUCCUGCUAACAGCCUUGUACACGCUUUCUGCUGUCACGAGUCUGGUGCCACCGUGCUGGCGAUGGCCCCCAGGGAGCAGCUGCUGAUCACAGGCGGGAGGAAAGGCUGGAUCAGCGUCUUGGAGCUUCCCCACCGGCACCAGCGGCAGAGUUUCCAGGCUCAUGACUCGCCAGUCAAAGCUCUGGCUGUUGAUCCCACUGAGGAUUGCUUCAUUAGCGGAUCAGCCGAGGGGAACAUCAAGGUGUGGAGCAUGGCCACGCAGUCUCUCCUCUACACGUUUCCAAACGAACACGCCCGGCAGUCGCUGUUCAGGAACCUGGGGACGGGCGUGAUGCAGGUGGAGGUGGGACCGACCAACCAGAUCUUCUCCUGCGGCGCCGACGGAACAAUGAAGUUGAGGAUCCUCCCCAACCGUUUCAGUGUGAACAACAACCGCAGCAACCUCAAGAAUGAUGUCAAGUUCUUCAUAUAGACGGAGGAGGGGGGGAAACAUGACAUUUAUUCAGGUCAGAUGAAGAACGCGAAGUCCGUCUAAUGAUCAAGCGAAACUCCCUGCGUGAUUUUGGGAAACAUGCCGUCACAUCCGGGAGCGCGGCUGCAGUGGCCUCGUCCUGGGGAGCGAUGGCGUCUUUAGUGAUGACAGAGGUGAGAGCUUGUCACCUGGUCCGGACGGUUUGACCAUGCAGUGAAUUGAUGUGCUGUGAAUUUUAUGAAAUGUGAACACAAAUCUGGCUUUCAAGGCGACCAAGUACAGGAACUUAAAAACAGGUGUUUUUAAACUGUAGCUGAAGUGACCACAGGGUAAUGACAGAGUAAAGCAACAACAAAAAAACCCCAGCUGGAGAUCGUCCACUUCCAACUGCCAUCUGGAGAGCACACGGAGACACGGACAGCUUGUCUCCUCUUUUUUUUGCACAGAGAGCAAAGAGCCUGCAGUUCUUCCUCUUUAGCUCUUAUUAAAGUCGGUAAAGAACAUGGAGGUUCCCGUGGCAGGACUGCAGUAUCAUAGCAGGAUGACGGGUCAUCCAUUAGGGACUUUUCCCCUCAGCACAACUCUGCCAGGUCCGUGGACCUCGACAGAACCCGUCACAUCCACAGCUCUACGAUGACACCAGCUGGGUUCAAGGUGGAGGACCAGGUCACGAUCAAACUGCACAUCAGCUGUGAGCAAGUGUCAUCUUCAUAUCAUUGAUGUUGGACUUCAUUUUUUUUUUUUUCUUCUUCUUUUAAAGGUGUUAAUGAAACGCAUAUCUCUUUUAUGAAAAGCAGCAGUGUGACCGGUUGAGAAACUUGUGCUUUCACUUCCUGGUGGAGAUGUCGAUUAAAACACUAAUACCACUCUCAGAUUUGUCUGUAAAGUACCGGACAAGCAUUCGGUUACCUUAGCAACGAUUUGGAAGCAGCCAGCCUCAGUCUGAGGCAGAAACAAACAUCUGACGUUCAGUUUUACACGUCUUGUUUAAUCUGUACAAACAAAACGAUGCCAUGAUGGUUCUUCUGGUCUACUGUUGCUAGAUUGUUCCUGCAGAGCACCUUUGCAGACGAUGAGCUUUCAAAUUGUCAACUAGACCCUAAAACUGAACUAUCCUGGCAUCCUCUCGUCGUAGAGAUGGCGGCGGACGACCAUAAAACCGCAGUCGUCAUUCUUAUCAACAGGCACGAGAGUGGUGUCACACUCUUAAUCCAUCUCUGCCAGACCUGCACAUUUCUGUAACCGGUGACCCAUUCCUUAAGCUGAGGUAUUAGAAACCUGUGAGUUUAUACGUGUGUAGCAAUGCACCUGUUGUUUCUACAUUUGCACAUAAGCUAAAGUAAGCGCAGCGUAAUGCUUAGAAGUACAAGAGGCCGUAGUCCAAAUCUUUAGUGCAAUGUUCCCAGUUGUUAAGUGUCCUUAAUAUUGAAAACCACUUCUACCAACCUGGCACAGUGUUGGUACUGUUGGUCCUGCUCAGAUUUAUCAGUAUUGAUAUUCAGUUGCACAGAGUAGCUUUACUUUAACGGGGCCCUCGAUACGCCACGCAGAGAAUAACACCCGCUCUGGCUGCGUUACCUCUUGAAAUAUAAGGCUGACAAACGUAUAGUUGGAAACUUUUGCUGAAGACAAUGAAAAGGGGUUGAGGUGAGGGAGUCCAGUAUUUUUUUUUUUAAACUGAAAUAGUCUUUUAUCCCAUUAUGCUUGGCUUCCCUUCAUCAACUCCAAAUGUUAUCGUGGUUGUCUGCUGCUUUGAUAGCAGUAUUUUCUUUUUUCUUCCCUUGUAGUGACCUUUAUUUCAUUAGUAGAGUUGCUUCAUCUGAUUUUUCUCUUAAAUCCCGCCAAAAAUAUAAUCUUUUUUUUUUUUGGCAUUACUAUCGAGCUUGUUUUUCUAUCAUCCAAAAGCAGCACAUUGCCUUCAGCACAUGCUUGGAUAAUAUAAUCUCUGCUGAUAUGAUGCAUCUUCCACCUGAACGGAAGACUUUCAUGCAGUCAGUGCCACGUAGGUGAUUACUCGUAGACGCCUGUAGGGAUAAUGAAACUGCUUCUUAUUUUCAGGACAGAUAAUCAGAAGAAAAAAACAUUUAGAUGAAGCCGGGUUCCUGUAGUUAUGUAGAUAUAAUGAUCCAUAAGCUCUUUGUUAAUACCUGCAGGACUCAGAACAACUAGUUGUAGAUGAACACGGUGUAAUGAUAAAAGCCACUUUAAGAUUAUUAUUCUGUACAGACAGGUAUAUUUAUGAAAUAUGUUCAUAUUUAGAAGUAUAAACUAAGAAAGCAGAUGUUAUCAGAAUUUUUUUUUCUUCCUCUCCCAAUUAUUUGGGCUGGAAAAUCUUAUAUAUUCCUGCAGCAGUCAAAGAGUAAAAUCUGUUUUAUCAAAGCCAAACGCUUACUCUUAGAUACUGCACCGAAGAAUAAAUUGUUUUUUUUCUUGUUUUUUUUAAUCAAACUGUUUCUCUUUAAAGACUUUAUCACUAACAGCUAAACCACAUCAGUGUGUCAGGUUGAAAAAGCUUUUUCUUUUUCUUUAUUUCACUCUUACAAAGUGAACUUGAUCAUAACUAAAGAUACGUGGAUGAGUUUCAUCGAUGUUCAUCUCGUAGAGAUUCUUCUUUAUUUACCAUAAUUCUAAUUUUCUAAUGUAAAUUAUUGAAAUAUACAGAAAAUGUACUGAUAUAAUAAAAAUAACUAAAUGAAAGCGUUUAUAAAAUUGCAAACUGGUGACUGAAUUAUUAUGUUGUGACUUUUAAAUGUUUUUCAGUUUUAAUAGGAACUUGGAGAUGCAGAAUGGGUUCAAGUAAACAGUUGCUAUAAUUCUGAAUGGCUUUAAUUUGUAUUAGAACAACCAUUAAAUUUAAUUACAGAUAUUAACAAGAGGCACAUUCAUUUUCAAGUCUCCAUUAGUACACAGCUUAAGUUUC